UGCAGCUGAUAGCCAGCUGAGACAUGUAAAUAAAUAAAUGUGACGUAAACAAUAAAUUUGUGACGUUCAACUAAUUUUAAAGUUGAGGUUAUUUAUUAUCUACUUUAUUAACUUGUUAUUUUCUUACUUUCCUAGUGGUAGAAAAGUAUGAAAUCAGAUCAAGAAUGAAUCCACCAAAAUUAAAACCUAAACCAGGACAAGUGAAAGUGGUUCGUGCACUCUACAAUUAUACGGCUCAGAGAGAAGAUGAACUUUCAUUCCAAGAAGGAGAUAUUCUCUACGUGUUUGAUCAAAUUUCCGAUCCAAAUUGGUGGAAAGCUCGUUGUGGGAACAAGACUGGAGCUAUUCCAAGCAAUUACGUGGAAGCGCACACUGAGAUGAUUGACAACCCCCUACACGAAGCAGCAAGAAGAGGCAAUUUGAAUUUUCUCCAGCAAUGUUUGCAACAAGGUGUUUCAGCGACUGGACUAGACACAGUUGGCAACACUGCUCUCUAUUGGGCUUGUCUGGGAGGUCAUUUGGAUUGCGUCACUGAACUGCUUGCAAUUCCUAAACUUCCACUGGACGCUCAGAAUAAAAUAGGAGAGACGGCACUGCACGCAGCAUCAAGCCGCGGCCAUUGCGAAAUAGUGGCAUUGCUGUUGAGUGCGGGUGCCGACCCCACCAUACAUAACAUGGAUGGCGAGACUGCGGCCAGCCUCGCUUCGCCCGCCGUCAGGGCGCUCAUCACCGCAUCAACGCACAACACCAUUCCCACUUACAGCACAUACAAACCACAAGAUUAUGCUGACGACUCUGAUUGAGGUAGCGUUUCCAGUUUUGAAGACCCCGAAAUAUUGCAACGUUAUGUUCGGAUAAAGUCUUCCAUUCAUCAGAGAAUUUAUUGAAAACAGUAUGAUGGAACUCGAUAAAAAUUAUUGUUAUUCAACAUAAUCGUAUGCUAUUGCUACUUAGCUUGAUAAUCGUUGGAGAUAAGUAUAUUAUUGUUAUCUUAGUCUUUUCAGACUUAAUAAGGCGACUAGUAGAUGAGAAAAUAUAUAUUAGUUUAUAUCUGAAUCUAUAUCUGAAUAGAUAAGAUAUAUCUGAUAUUGAUAAGUUAUAAGAUAGUUUGGAUAUAAGUUUUUAUCUGAAUACAUAUUAUAAUUUGAUAUCUGAAUCCCAGUAAUUUCAUAAAAGAUUAUUAUAGGCUUUUUUACUUAAUUUAGAAAAUAGUAGUGUUUAUACAUAAUAUGAACACGUGCACACGUGGUGCUCCCAAAAUAUUUCAACAUAGAAUAGGCAAUUUAUUAAAUAAAAUUGUAAAUGUAGGUAAUGAAUCUUUCAGCUUCCAAUCUAUUCAAUAGUCAAUUAGUGAUACUGAACUUUCUAUGCCUACUUAUUUUGUGAAGAUUCAUAAAAAGUUCAUGCCAAAAAUGCAUGCACUACAAUGGAACUCAGAAGUUGCAAUUUAGACCAAGUGAAGAAAAUUUGUAAUCUUCUGAAUUUCAUUUUAGUGCAUAAUAUUUUCAAUUUUCAUGAUUCUUUAAACUUGAAAGUUUCAAGUUUGAUUAUCACAAUGCAUAGAUUACAUCACGUUGAAAGUUAUAGUAGCAUCGAACAACAAUGAUAUUAUGUUUUAUCGAUUAUGAAAUGUAUAACUCAUCAAUCAGUUUAUCAUUUUCAAUAAUUAUCAAUCUGCAUUUAUUCAUCCAUAAUGUGAUUACUUGUAUAAGUGACUGUGAAAAGCUGUGAUAAUCACAAAUCAGCAAUAAUAGUUUUAUUAUAUUUUCUAAAUACAGAGUUUAAUUUAGAAGUGAAAGUGUUAUAUUAUGAGAAAUAUAUUUAAAAUAAUGAAAUU